UUUGUAGGUUAAUUUGGUUACAUAUGACAAAAAGAUUUCUGCAAAUUGGAAAGGUGGCAAAAUGCAAAUGCUUUAGGAUUAGAAAGUCAAUGACAUUUUGAGUCUCCUUUUAAUUGACAUGUAAGUCUCCCUUUUUCUGCACUUGUAGGAAAGUAAACAUAGUGUUUUAACCUGUGAAAAUUCAUACCCAUAACUCACGAUUGUGUUCACAUUGUGUCUCUGGAGGAUUGUGUUUUAGUAUUUCAUUACUCCUGAUAGAACAGGCAUCAUGUUAGAAGUGAAAAGUAACUAGUGAACAUAUCAUAAAAUACUGGUUCUGGUUUUUUUAAGUCUUAAUACUCAUUUAUAGCAAGUAAUUGAUUCUUAGGCUUUUGUCUAGGAAGUGUUCUGGUCAUGUUUGUUCUUUGCUGGUAGAAAGUGAAUCAGUUUAGAGACUGGAGAAACCUUUUAGUUCUCCCCAUUGAAAGAAACAAAAGUGUUAUUUACUUUGGUAAUUAAGAAAAUGAAAUGGAAAGAUAUGAAUGUGCUCUAAAGAUGGACUUGGGAAAUAUCAGAGAUUAUAACGAGGACACAGAACCAGCCUUUGAAAUUGGUUGAUGAGGAUAGGACUAGGGUACAACUUCAAUCAAUCUUUACUGCCUCUGCUUUUUAUAGAGCAGUGUCCACCCCUCCAGCAGCAGAGUUUUUCCUAAAAUUUUUCAAGGGGUUUUGAAGUUCAGAAUCUGUAGAUGCUUCACAUUGCCUUUUAGUUUGCUUUGGAUAUAUCCUUUAGCUUUUGUGUACUUGAGGACCACAGAAGUUGGGCUGGGCAGCAGCAAUAGGCAGUGGACUGCUUUUUAGUUAUAGUAAUCAUUUUCCUUCCAUGCUUUUAUGCAGUUUUUGAAUGCUUAUUUAAGAAAACGGUAUUUUUUAGUUGAUAAAACAUAUUUCAGGCCAUUGCACUGUUUUUCUCGCUUUGCUUUUAUUGUGAUACUCUGGGAGAAAAGUGGGAAGUGUGUAUAUAAGGGCUCUUUUACUUUCCCCUCAGUCCACCAAGGUUGGAAGAUUUCUUGAAAGAUUCUUAGAGUCCUUCAGCUUGCCAUGCUUAGCCUGGAGCCAGGCUUGCUGCUGCAGGUUGUGCUGCUAACAUCGCACGCAUUUGGAGGAAAUGGCUCUUGAAGUUAAAUGAGGCUGGAUAAAACACAUAAAUGAAGCAGAAGCUGCUCUUCGUGUGUUAGGGCUACAUCACCGCAAGCGCUGCCGAUCAGCCAGAUUUGGUAACUUGUCAUAAUGAAGAAAAUUAGUCUCAAAACAAUUCGCAAGUCCUUUAACUUAAAUAAAAGUAAAGAUGAAAGUGACUUUGUAGUGGUUCAGCAGCCAUCAUUAAGUGAAUUUGGAAAAGAUGACUCCUUGUUUGGCAGCUGCUAUGGUAAAGAUUUGGCUAGCUGUGAAGUCAAUAGUGAAGAUGAAAAAGGAGGCAAAAAUAGAUCAAAAAGUGAAAGUUUAAUGGGUACGUUAAAAAGGAGGCUUUCAGCAAAACAAAAACAGAAAGGCAAAGGCAGCACACCAUCUGUAAGCUCUGCAGAUGAUGACACAUUUUCUUCCUCAUCUGCUCCAAUAACCUUCAAAGAUGUGCGAGCUCAAAGACCUCUGAGAUCCACUUCGCUCCGUAAUCACCAUUACAGCCCAACUCCGUGGCCACUCCGACCUACAAAUUCAGAAGAGACUUGCAUCAAAAUGGAAGUGAAAGUCAAGGCCUUGGUUCAUUCCUCUAAUCCAAGCCCAGCACUGAACGGUGUUCGAAAGGACUUCCAUGACUUGCAGUCAGAAAAUGUGUUCCAGGAACAAACAAAUGCAUUAAAAAAUACGGAAUCUCAGAACGGGGACUUGCAUCUUCAUAUUGAUGAACAUGUGCCUGUAGUUAUUGGAUUAAUGCCUCAGGACUACAUUCAGUAUACUGUGCCUUUAGAUGAGGGAAUGUAUCCUUUGGAAGGAUCACGUAGUUACUGUCUGGAUAGUUCCUCACCCAUGGAAGUUUCGACUGUUUCUUCUCAAGUGGGGGGAAAUGCUUUCCAUGAAGAUGAGAGCCAAGUGGAUCAGGACGUAGUCGUUGCACCGGAUAUCUUUGUGGACCAGACGAUGAAUGGUUUGUUGAUCGGUACCACAGGAGUCAUGUUGCAAAGCCCAAGAGUUAAUCAUAGCGACGUCCCUCCACUCUCACCUUUGCUACCUCCAAUGCAGAAUAAUCAAAUCCAAAGGAACUUCAAUGGAUUAAAUGGCACAGAUGCCCAUGUGGCUGAAAGUAUGCGCUGCCAUUUGAAUUUUGAUCCUAACACUGCCCCAGGAGUUGGAAGAGUUUAUGACUCUGUACAGAACAGUGGUCCUAUGGUUGUGACAAGCCUCACAGAAGAACUGAAAAAGCUUGCAAAACAAGGAUGGUACUGGGGCCCCAUUACACGCUGGGAGGCAGAGGGAAAAUUAGCUAAUGUGCCUGAUGGCUCGUUUCUCGUUCGAGAUAGUUCUGAUGAUCGUUAUCUUUUAAGUUUGAGUUUUCGUUCCCAUGGAAAAACUCUUCACACUAGAAUUGAACACUCAAAUGGUAGGUUUAGUUUUUAUGAACAGCCAGAUGUGGAGGGACAUACAUCUAUAGUUGACUUAAUUGAACAUUCAAUCAGGGACUCUGAAAAUGGAGCUUUCUGCUAUUCGAGAUCCCGGCUGCCAGGAUCUGCAACUUACCCAGUGAGACUGACAAAUCCCGUGUCCCGGUUUAUGCAGGUGCGCUCUUUACAGUACCUGUGUCGUUUUGUAAUACGUCAGUACACCAGAAUAGACCUGAUUCAAAAACUGCCUUUGCCAAACAAAAUGAAGGAUUAUUUACAGGAAAAGCACUACUGAAAGCUUACGGGAAUCUUGCAUCUUGCACUUUGGGAACAACAACAACAACAAAAAGAGAUUGAAUUACAGUUUACAGACUUUCAUUAUUAUCAAAAUCUUUUGCUGCCAUAAAAAUAUUUCAUUUUUGUCUGCUAAAGAAAAGUAAUGCAUUUGGAUUUAUGUUUGUUUUGGGGGGUUUUGUGUAUUUUGGGAGGCUUUUUUUCUUGUUUUGUUUUGUUGAAAGAAUGAUCUCAAGUUUAUUUUUAGAAGUGUGAAAUAGCUAUCUUUCAUCAAUGUGCAGAUUAAUCACAAUGUGAAUGAUCAAAUUCUCCUUAAUUUCCCCCAAGUCCUUUGCUGCUAUCCACUGUGAUUUUUAUGCAUUGAAAGCACAUUUCAUGUGUAUUCAACGAUAAGUAAAAGUCAAAUGAAACUUGUUGAAUGGAAUUUUUUUUUCCUUUAAAACAACCUCUGGGAAAAAAAAUGAUCAUGAAUAAAUAACAUAUUGGUAUUCUAAAUUACUGAUUUUACAUCUAAAUUAAAAACUGUUUCCUAGUGUCAUAAUUAGACAUUUCUGUAGAGAUAUGUCCCAAUGUAUAGACAGAGCUGUGUGACAAGAACAUGGUUAUGUGGCAUAUCUUUGGGAAAGAAAAAGCCUUCCUCCUAAGCCUUGUACUGUCUGUACACUCUUGUGUUUGAGAAGGCUGGUUCAGCCUUCUUCUCGUCUCAGUGUUUUGUCCUCUAAAAAUGGCCUUUAAAAAACAGUCUAUGAAAGUCAAUGUAUAGUACCUAGAAGAAAAUUGUGGUACUGGGGUCUUGUAAAAUAUUACCAUUUAUAAUCAUGCCAUCAGUUAAUAAAUGAACACCUACCAGGUCCCCUCUUUCUUUCCUUUUCCCUCCUGCCUACUCUUGCAGAGUAAGGGAAGGAAGUUUUCUGGAUUUGUGGGAAGACUCUAGGAAUUGUUAUCAUGGGAACAUAAAUUUUUAAGCCAUUUUGGGGAUGGGGUAAAACUUUUAAUAGGAUGAUUUCUACCAUAUUUAUGUUCAAGCUACUUGAAAUUUUAUCAUUUCCAUCUUUCUACUUUUUUUAUUUCACUUCAGAAAGUACAGUAAUACACUAAUGUCCUUUGGAUCAUUUUCCCCUUUUUUCUAUAUCCUUUGAGGAGGAAGGAACAGGACUGAUAACAUUUUAUAUGGAGGAUGUUUAAAUGCAUCUCUAAAGUGCUAUUCUCCUAGCCUUUCAAAUUAUUCGGAAGAGGUGUUUGGAUAUACAGUGACCGCAGAAUAUGUUUCCGUUUGCUGUCAUGAAAUAUGUUUUGACAUAUGAAAUAUUGAACCAAUUAAGUAAGUGUUUAUGAUAUCUGUCAAAGAUUCUGGCAUUUGGAAAGCUUACAGUUAUUCUAACCUUCUGUAGGGAAAAAAAGACUUUCAGUGGGGAGUACAGGUUCUACACUGUAAUGUUUUCAUCUUGCAAGGUUAAUCCAUGGCAUUUUCCUGUUUUAUUUUAGUUUGGUUUUCUUUUCUCCCAUGUUUUUAUCACUUUUAUGAGUUACUUGCUAAAGGGGUCAUAGCUGGCUUGGGAAGGAGGCCUGCCUCUGCCUUGCUGAGAGGCCUUGCUUUGCAUGCUUCUGCCCCUGUUUUGUGUUUUAAAAUGUCAUAUUCCUCAUCUCUGGUAGAAGUGGCUAAUGAGUAAAGAUCACCUGAGAAAAAUAGUCCAUCUUUGAUACAUCAUUCUUGUUUGGGUCAUUUUUUUCUCCUUAUUUAAUCUAGCAUUUCUGUACCCUAAAAUGAGUCUUUAGAAGUGAAUACAGUAUUGCUGCAAGGUGGUGCAGUAGCACUACAUCUUGGGUUGCCUGAAUUGAUAGACAAAAUUUAUAUUUUUUUAAUUUAUUUUUUGACCAUAAUGUUUAACUAAAAAAUAAAAGAAGAAAAUCAAAGGUAGAUAGAGACUGCCUUUGCUUUUACGGGAGGGAGAAUAAGGAUUUCCUCUUUAGUCUGAUAAAGUUUUAAACUUAAAAAAGAAAAUAAUCUAGAGCAGUCUAUACAUGUGAUUUGUUGGCUCUGCCAUGGAGAUAUAUGUAUGAAAGGGAGGAUUCUGUUUUCUUUUUUUUCCUCUACUGACUUCUCCCCCUACCCAGUCAUGUCCCAUUCCCCCUCCCCUGAAUCAGGAUCACUAACUUUAUUCAAAAAGGCACAAUAACCUAUUGUAUGGUACAGUGUUCUGAUUCUGUCUGUGGAGAGGAAAAAGAAAAUCAUUUUUAUGGAUUUCAGAUGCAUACUUUUGGAAGAAAACCUCUGGCAUUUUCUUCACUUUAAAAAUUCUUUCCCCAUACUAGAGGGCCUAUGCAUUCUACAGAAUCUUUGAAAGAUUAUAGUAUAUAAAAUAUUUUCGUUGCCAUUUAAUACCACUAUUGAAUACAUAAAGCAUAUGUUUAUACUAUGCCACAUGCAUUAAUUUAGCAGUCAUUGCAUUGAAACCUAAAUAUUUGAAGCUAUAAUAUCCUGGUCUUAUUGUGGAAUUGAAAACGUGCAAGAACACACAUGCCAAAAUUCUUGCCCAUGCCUUUAUAAAUUUCAGUUGUUCACUCAUAAAUGAUGCUUUUUUAAAUAAAAAACUGUUUUAAAACAGCUAUCCAGUUUUUGAAUUGCCUUCCUUGCUGUGUUGUUCAUCUGUGAACUUAAUCAGGUCAAGUUAACUUUGUCAUUUCCCCUGCCAUAAAGCUACCACAAAAGGAACAUUUAAAAGUGAUUGAGGUCUAGGACAUAAGAACCAUAGAGCACUUUGCUUCUGAAUAAAAAAUGGUGGUGAUAUUUCUACUAAGCUCCAAAUACUUUAAAUCAGUAGUAAGUAGACACAGAUACUUAUUUUUACAGGUUUCUUUAAUCAGAACCUCACAGUACUUUUUCAUAGUGAGGUGUCUGGCCAGCCAGGAGAAUGAACUUAGAAAAAAUACUUUGAAAAUAUUAAAGAUACUUACAAUUUCUUAUUAUAAAGAUUAAUAUAAAAGAAACACAGUAGCAUUUAGUUAUGAGUCAAUUUAGAAGCACUCAGAAUAACCACAAAAUUCGUGUUGACUUCUGCUUCAUGAAAAUUAGAGGAACAAAGUGUCCUUGACAAAUAAAAGAAAAAUGAUGGAGGAUAUUUUGGGGACCUUUGGAAGUAAAUACACUAGGAACAAAAGCUAACAAGACUAUGGUCCUUAUAGAGUAGAAAUAUGGCUAUUUAUUCAGCACAACAGUUUAAGGGUUCAAAAGGUAUGCUUUUUAUGCAACUGAAUUGAGGAAAAAUAGUUUUAAAAAUGAAACUUAAAAAUAAAACUCCUUUCAGUGUCUGAAAUGAUUGACAUUACUCAUAACUUUGCUUUAUCAAUUAGAAGAGUAAAAAAAUACCUUGUAUUUGGAAACAAUAAAUUUGCACAAUUUCCUCUGUUAUUUUUUAAAAUUUUGUUUUAUUUUGUAAGCCAGUGUUAUAAACAACUGCAAGUGAUGUGUAUUCUUUGAUCUAUUUGAAGGACAUAGCACUUAUCCUGCUGUUGACAUAGUGAAUGCCAUCUUUUUAUCAAAAUGUAAUUCUGUCAGAAGGAUCAGAAAUGCAAUUAUUAAUUAAACUUUUUGUUCUCAGAUGA